CACGGAGGCUGUGUCAGAAGAGGCUGAGGCUGAAAGAUGUGUGGCAAGCUGAUUUUUAUCUGCCGCCUUGAACAUGCGAAAGUUGCCUCUUAAGGGCUUCAUGCUAGCUCGCCGUUCCGAUUGGUCCUCAGCUUUCUCUCUCCCAAAGUAGACGGGGUGGAUCAAGGCAACCAGCGUAAGUUGGUCAUCGGGUGGCUUUCUUGCUGGCUGGGGGUGGAAUUUCAACAGCGGUUUCUUCACUGCCUGCACCGUUGGCUAAUUGUGCGUGUUUGUAAUCGUAAUUUCUCUCUCUCAACAUUGCCCUAUGCUGCUUAAUUCUGGUGUUGUUUAUCUUACGAGGUUUUGACACGGGGUGCCCCAGAGAUCUGGGAUCUUCUAAAUUCUGGCUGUGUGCUGUGUGUAGGCUGCAGUAGCUCGGGGAAGAAAAUUCAGGACGAUCCGGCUUGUGUUCUGUGGCAGCCCUUGGGUGGAGGAGCAGCCAGCGCUGUUGCAUCCAGAGGGCUGCCGGGGAUGGGAAGAUGCCCCUUGAGGUGAAAUGGCCCUUUCCGCACACCCCACAUCUGCUCUGGAACUUGGCCAGCAGGGUGAUCAUGGGCUUGGUGGGCACCUACAGCUGCUUCUGGACCCGGUACAUGAACCGACUGAAUGUCCACAACGAAGAAGUUCUCUACGAGCUCAUUGAAAAGCGCCAGCCAGGCACCCCCCUCCUCACGGUCUGCAACCACCAGUCCUGCAUGGAUGACCCCCACCUCUGGGGUAUUCUGAAAUUACGACACGUCUGGAAUUUGCAGAAGAUGCGGUGGACUCCAACAGCGGCUGACAUCUGUUUCACCCAGGAACUGCAUUCUCGUUUCUUUAGCCUCGGGCGAUGUGUUCCUGUCUGUCGUGGAGAUGGUGUCUACCAGAAAGGCAUGGACUACAUACUUGAGAAACUCAACCACGGGGACUGGGUCCACAUGUUCCCAGAAGGCAAAGUGAACAUGACCCAGGAGUUCAUGCGCUUCAAAUGGGGUAUUGGGCGUCUCCUGGCUGAAUGCCAUCUGCAUCCCAUUAUCCUGCCGCUCUGGCAUGUAGGAAUGAACGAUGUGCUCCCCAAUGUGCCCCCUUACGUGCCUCGCACUGGGCAGAAAAUCACUGUGCUAAUUGGGAAGCCGUUCAGUGUUCGGCCCUUACUAGAGCGAUUGCGUGCAGAGAACAAGUCCACAGUGGAGAUGCGCAAAGCGUUGACGGACUUCAUCCAGGAGGAGAUCCAGUCGCUCAAAGGCCAGGCCGAGAGGCUGCACCAGACGUUCAAGCUACAGAGCUAGCGAGGGGACCAGGAGGAGCAUCGGGGAGUCCCUCCCACUGACACUUGGAUUGCACAGUCUCGAUGUGUGACAGGCAGGUGGCCUGUGUACGGGCUCCCUCUUGACCGAGACCUUCCCAUCUGCCACCCGUUGCCUGUACCAGGUCACCAGCGGACUAGUACUGCAUGCAGGGGCUUGGGUAAAGACCUCCCACCUACCUUCUGGGGCCUCCCAUCUCUUAGCCCGUCUUUUGGCCUGUCAGUCUUGGAGUUGGGGGGAUCAGAACUGCUACGGUGUGUGGCAUGCUCCGCUGCCAGAAGUCAGCGGUGCUAAAGGGGGCCUCGCGUUCUCGGGCAUUGCAGGGCAUGUACAGGAACAGCAGGGGGAGGAGUUGGGGGUGGCAAAGACCUCGCAGUGAUCUUUCCUGGUCACAGCUUCCAUUGAUCAGUGGGUGCUAGGAGGACAGGUGGGCUUAUAUUUGCUUCCACCAUUGGCGAAUAUUGGUCUGGAUGCAGUUUUUAUACUUCAAAUCUUUUUUCCAGUAAAUGAUUCCAAACCAUUCUGCUGCCUCUGUCGGGUUCUGUGGGAAUAGGGCAGAAGUAAGGCCGGAGGCAGCUUUCCGCAGGCGCAUGGGGCUUGUGGGGAAAGGUGCAAGCAAGGGGUGGCGCUCUCCUCUAUGUCACAAGAGGCCUCUGUUCCCAAGUCCAGCAAAACGGCCCCAGCUGCUCCCAAAGUGGAGACAUAUUGCUACCAAAUAGGUCAGGCCCCUUUCUCCACCUGUGACCUUUCUCCAAGGUGAGCAGCACUGCAGCGCAAGAAAGUUCAGGUGGGUACGUUUCAGGUAGAACAGCAGGAUUUGAGUCUGGUGGCACCUUAGAGAGCAACAAGAUUUUCAGGGUAUUUCCUGUGUACUGGGUUGCCUUUUCCACCAGUGGGGGGAGACGGUGUGAGUUGACUGGGGACUUUGCCUUGUUGGUACUCCAGAGCCGCAAUCCUUGACAGACAUCAUUAUCUGAACCAAUUCUCCCAUUCCCCCCUUUCACAGGCUUCAAGGAGAAUGUUUUGCUGUGAAAAUGGCAGGCUUUUCUGACUCAUGGGAGAAGGGAAUAGGAAGAAGGACAGGUGGUUUUUUUUUUUAAGACUACAUUUCCCAGAGAACCUUGCAGGAUCUGACCUGCACCUGUGCGUCUUGUGUGGUUCCACACUCAAUACUGAGUGAUUAAUGUAAA